AUCAAAUACAGUUUUAGUAUUCUCAUUUGGUUUUGUUCUUCUGCAUGGUCUCAGAGCAAAAUAACAUCUGCAUCUGAAUACUAUAGUCUAUUUCCUUUUGCUACAUUUGAAACUUUCUUCCAUCUUUCAUACUACUUCCUCAUAUUCUGGUUUGAAACAGUUUCAUCAAAUCAAACAAUGUCAAAGAACAAGACUAAGCUUACCAUUCAAAGCUUCCAUCAAAUGGCCAGCUUAAUCUCGGUUAAGCUCUCAAACACCAAUUCUUUACUUUGGAAAUCUCAAGUCUUUCCAGUAAUCCGGAGUGCUCAACUCAUGAAUCACCUUGAAGAGGAGGCACCUGUGAUGAAUAUCACAAGGAAUGGAAAAGAAGAAACAAAUCCAGAUUAUGAGGUCUGGUUAAACAAUGAUAGAUUGCUCACCAACUGGUUACUUGGAACCAUGAAUGAAGAAGCAUUGAGUUUAGUUGUUCGCUGUGAUACAACUAGCCAAAUCUGGAGGAUCAAUCCUAGUCUGGUACAAGUUGCUCAAGAAGAACCAGCUUUUGCUAAAUCUUCACAAGAAUCUAUAAGAGUACAAGUUGUUGCUCAAGAAGAGUUAGAUCCUACUGAGUCUUCACAAGAACCUAUUGGAGUGCCUCCACCAUCUCACAAUGCAACUUCAGCAUCUACUCACCCAAUGAUGACAAGAACUCGUAUAGACAUUCGAGAGCCAAAAACCAUCAAGAAAGCGUUACAACUCCCACAAUGGCUAAGAGCAAUGCAAGAAGAAUUGGUUGCCCUCUACAAGAACAAUACAUGGACCUUAGUGCCUCCCCCUUCAACUAACACAAACAUUGUGGGAUCUAAAUGGGUAUUCAAAACAAAGUUAAAUUCAGAUGGAAGUGUGGACAGGUUUAAGGCACGCUUAAUGGCAAGAAGAUUUUCACAAGUACCAGGGGUUACCUUGUUCUCUGGUGGUAUAUUCUUGUCUCAAGCCAAAUAUGCCAAGGAUAUUCUUACUAGAGCAACCAUGCUUGAAACCUCCAUCAUUGCAACACCAAUGGAAGUCAAAGAACCACAUACACCAAGAGAUGAGGACCUUGUUGAUGCUCAAGAAUAUAGGAAAAUUGUGGGUGCUCUACAACACUUAGCCAUCACCAAAGUUGACUUAUAUUGGGCAGGAUGUACCAUAACGGGAAGAAGUACUACAAGAUUUUGCAUUUUCCUUGGAGCUAAUUGUAUUUCUUGGUCUUCAAAGAAACAAUCCACUAUAGCUCGCUCCACUACAGAAGCAGAGUAUAGAGCCUUAGCAUCUACUACAGCUGAACUUGUGUGGAUCACUUAUCUUCUCCGUGAUAUUGGCAUUUCACUCCUAAAUCCUCCUCAAGUGUUCUCAAAUAAUAUUAGUGCUCUACACAUGUUUAUUAACCCUAUGUUCCAUGCUCGAACAAAGCAUAUAGAAUUAGAUUAUCAUUUUGUUCGAGAAAAGGUAACACUUGGUUCUCUAGUGAUGAGGUACAUUUCGAGCAUAGAUCAGAUUGCAGACAUCUUUACCAAGCCCUUACCUCGCACUCAGUUUUAGUUCUUACUGUUCAAACUGGGCUUGGUGGUUUCUCCCUAGUCCAGUUUGAGGGGGAGUGUGAAGGAAGUUGAAUCAAGUACAGAAUUAACA